CAGCCGCUCCACCCCGGGCGAGCCACAAGCCGGUGGCGGAGCAGGUUUCGCCGGUGCGCCAUGGCGCAGGCGGCAGGGCCCGGCAGGAGGAAGGGCAGCUCGCUCAGCUCCGGCGGCGGCUGGGGCGCCCACGACUGGACGCGAUUCCUGCGCCCGCUAAACCAUUCCCCUGAGCACCCUGUGCCGGCUAGGGGCAUGGCAGCAGUGUGGCAGCAGGUUUUGGCUGUAGAUGCAAGGUACAACGCAUACCGCACUCCAAACUUCCCGCAGUUUCGCACACAGUACAUCCGCCGGCGCAGCCAGCUGUUGCGGGACAACGCCCAAGCGGGCUACGACCCCUCGGUCCGCAAGCAGUACCUGCGGCUGCGCAGCCAACUCUUGGCCCAACGCUACGGCCCUCUCUCCGAACAGAGCAGCUUCCGUGCCUACAGCAACAGCAUCGUCCGAAGCAGUCGCACAACACUGGACCGCAUGGAGGAUUUUGAUGACGACCCGAGAGCACUGGGUGCCCGUGGCCACCGCCGCUCCGUCAGCCGAGGAUCCUAUCAGCUGCAGGCUCAAAUGAACCGAGCUGUCUACGAUGAGAGACCCCCAGGCAGCGUCGUCCCCACUUCGGUGGCAGAAGCCAGCCGGGCCAUGGCGGGGGACACGACGCUCAGUGAAAACUACGCCUUUGCGGGCAUGUACCACAUAUUUGACCAGCAUGUGGAUGAAGCUGUGCCCAAGGUCCAGUUUGCCAAUGACGACAAGCAUCUACUCGCCUGCUGCUCUCUGGACGGCACCAUUUCUGUGUGCCAGCUGGUGCCCACCCCUCCGGUGGUGCUGCGUGUGCUGAAGGGCCACAGCCGCGGCGUCUCUGAUUUUGCCUGGUCCCUCUCCAACGAUAUCAUCGUGUCUACUUCGCUGGAUGCCACCAUGCGCAUCUGGGCCACGGAGGAUGGGAAGUGUAUCCGGGAGAUCUCGGAUCCGGAUGCUUCGGAGCUGCUGUGCUGCACGUUCCAGCCGAUGAACAACAAUCUCACCGUGGUGGGGAACGGAAAGCACAACCUCCAUGUGGUGAACAUCUCAACAGGGAAGAAGGUGAAAGGAGGCUCCAGCAAGCUCACGGGCCGAGUCCUGUCUCUCUCCUUUGAUUCCCCCGGCCGAAUCCUCUGGGCAGGAGAUGACAGGGGAAGCAUAUUUUCCUUCCUCUUUGACAUGGCGACAGGAAAACUGACCAAGGCCAAGCGCCUGGUGGUGAACGAGGGGAGCUCCAUCACCAGCAUCUCCGCCCGAUCCUGGAUCAGCCGAGAAGCACGCGACCCUUCCCUCCUCAUCAACGCCUGCAUCAACAAGCUGCUGCUGUACAGGGUAGUAGACAACGAAGGUACACUCCAGUUGAAGAGAAGCUUCCAGAUACAACAGAGCUCCCACCCCGUUCGCAGCAUCUUCUGCCCGCUCAUGUCCUUCCGGCAAGGAGCUUGUGUCGUAACAGGCAGCGAGGACAUGUGCGUCUACUUCUUUGACGUGGAGCGUGCCACCAAGGCCAUCGUGAACAAGCUGCAGGGUCACAGUGCUGCUGUGCUGGACGUCAGCUUUAACUGCGACGAAAGCCUGCUGGCCUCCAGCGAUGCGAAAGGGAUGGUCAUCGUCUGGAGGAGAGAGCAGAAAUAAAGCAUCCCCUUCUCCUGCAGGUUGAACUGAAUCUGGCCGCGCAGAACGGGUGGUGGAAGGGAGCAACUUGUAACAGCCGUCAGGAGCUCUGGAAAGGGACUGAUGGGCCGGCUUUUUUCUCCUCUUGCUGAGCCUAUCUGAGCUACACUGAAAUAGCCACUGUUGCUUCCCUCCGUUUCAGUCAGCAGAUGUUUGUACAGGAGAAACGGGAAUGAGAGAGGCUGCCCCAUGCUACGUUCUUCCUUUCAUUCCCUACGUUUUUCAUUUGUGACUUUGCCUGGAUGUUCUCUCCUGCAGCUUCCAAUUGUCUGCUGAGAAGGGGUUGAUGAACCUCUGGCUAACUGUUAACUGACGAGAUAAGAUGUGGAACCACUGGGUUUCUCCUCUGAUUGCUCCACCUGGGGUCUAAUGGCCAUUCUUCUAUACAGCCUGCUCCGUGAAACAGCGUUGCUUACCUAGUUCCUCCCAGAACUGCAGGGGCCAGUAACAAGAAACACAGCUCCCAUUGAAGCACCAGGCUAUUGUAUCAUACAGAGGAAUAAUUUUCUUGCCUCUGUCAGCUGCUGCACUGAGACAUCUUCUUGGAAGGUUGAGCCAGCAAAAUCAGCCUACAUUUUGGGCUUCCAGACUUCUGAAGCCUUAACUCCGACUUUGCAUGAGAAAAUUCUAGUUGUGUGUCUCUGCCCGAGGUUCUCUUUCUCCACCAUGACUUUUGGAAACAAAUUUUCAGUGACUGUUACAGAAAUGAGGAAGUUGACACAGAGCUAACUUAUUGCUACAUAGAGGCAAGUCUGCCCCUGCUCGGGGUUGUGGAAUUUACACAAGCUGUGUCUGAAAUACUCUGACAGUUGUAUGGGAGGACAAAUGCUGCUAGCACCCAGUCUAAACGUGGAUGAAGCCAAGUUUAUUGAACUGCUGUGGAAGCUGUAGGAGGCAAAGUGCAGCAGUGUGCUCUGUUAUGGCAUGCGUAGUCUUGUAUAAGGGAUAGGGGGCUAGUUGUAACCAAAUUUCUCCAUAUUGCUGUGGUAGUGAUUUCCCUACCAUUUUGUUUUUCCUUUCAGCGUGAACCAGGGAAAAGGAUAUCUACUUUUCAAUAGGCAGAAUGGAGAAAGGUGAUAGAUGUGGCUUUUUGGAAAGGUGUCCAGAUGUUUUGAAUCUCAUUAAAUAAGGGAGAUUUCCAAAUUCCAUGUUAAGCACGAGAUUAGCAAAGGGACCAGUAUCAUUGGAGGUACACACUAGACACAUCUCUAGGAGAUAAAGCAAGCUACUCAGCCUUGCAAGAGAUACGUCUAGCAUGAACUCCUAGAGAUAUGUCUAGCGUGUACUUCAGGUGAUUUGUGGAUGCACAGUUCAGAGAAUUAUGACAACAUGUUAGUGGCAGUGAGCUAAUGUUUAUAACAAGCGGUGUGAUCAUUCCUGUUCCAGGAAACUAUUUACAGGAGCUAGAGAAUGAAUAAUUGAAGUCAAGCUGUAAAGGGACCAUUUAAAAUAGCAUAGGAAUCUCAAGACAAAUUUCCCACAUUUUGAAUAAAUUGUAAAUUACAGUUUAA